AUGUCGGUGACGUUGGUUCGGCCAUCUGUGUUGGAGAUGCCGCCUGCCGUACCUGCCGUACCCACCCAGAUGUUCCCGACUGUUCCUGCCGUGACUGCUGUACCUGUUGCUCCUGAGACGUCCGUACCUGUCGAUGUUGUUCCUGUUCGUGGCGUUGCUGCACCCGACGUUGGUCUUUCCGGACAGACAGAGCAAGAGGAAGAAGAAACUUCAGCUAAUAAUGCCACUACUCCAAAUACGACCACUACAGCAUCUUCUGACUCUAAGGAUGAUGUGAAAACUGAGAAGAAUGAGAAGGAGGAAGGAGAACAGGAAGCAGAGCAGGACGACCCAACUGCUUCAAAUGUGGUUGGAAUCUCCUUUACAAGAAUUGACAUAUGAGGGUGUUAUGUCCAGUUUGGAGAGCCCCUUUAAUUCUGAGGGUGUCCUUUGUGCACGUAUUCAUGCUUAUUUGGAACGUCACGGUUAUAUUAACUUUGGCAUUUAUAAAAGAGUUAAGCCAUUGCCCCAGAAGAAAUAUGGAAGUGUUAUUGUGAUUGGUGCAGGAAUUGCAGGGCUUGCUGCAGCGCAACAACUCAAUUCAUUUGGCUUUGAAGUUAUUGUUUUGGAAUCUCGAGAUCGUGUUGGUGGAAGAAUUGCCACAUUUCGUAAAGGCCCAUACAUUGCUGAUCUUGGAGCUAUGGUAGUCACGGGGUUAGGAGGUAAUCCCAUUAAUGUACUCUCAAAACAAAUUAACAUGGAGCUUGUUCGAAUCAAACAAAAAUGCCCCCUCUACGAGUCUAAUGGAAAUACAGUUCUCAAGGACAAAGAUGAAAUGGUUGAACGUGAGUUUAAUCGUCUUCUAGAAGCCACAAGUUUCUUAUCUCAUCAGUUAGACUUCAACUACAUAGAUAAUCGUCCAAUUAGCCUUGGAGAAGGCUUAGAAUGGGUUAUUAACCUUCAAGAGAAAAAUGUUAAAGAGAAGCAAGUGACUCACUGGAAGACAGUAGUAAAACUCCAGGAAAAACUGAAAAAUGUAUUAAAUAAGCUACAUAGCCUCCACGAUAAGAUUGGCCAGUUACAUAAGGAACAUGAGCAGCUAACAGAAAAAAGGAAUUCUCGUAAUAUUACGAAUGAGUUUGUCUAUAGAGUUAAGUUACGAGAACUACAAAAUGCUUGUAAGGAAUGGGAUCAACUUGUUGAGCAGCAGCGUGAAAUUGAAGAUAAACUGCAAGAAUUAGAAGCUUCACCACCUAGUGAUGUGUAUCUGUCUUCGCGAGAUAGACAGAUUCUUGAUUGGCAUUUUGCAAAUCUUGAAUUUGCUAAUGCUACUCCACUAUCCAACUUGUCACUGAAGCAUUGGGACCAAGAUGAUGAUUUUGAAUUUUCUGGGAGUCAUUUGACAGUUCGCAACGGUUAUUCUUGUGUCCCAGUGGCAUUGAGUGAAGGUCUUGACAUAAGAUUAAAUACUGCUGUCAGGAAAAUUUCAUACACUAAUUCAGGUGUAGAAGUUACUGUUUCUAAUGCCCGCAAUCACUCCAACCCUGCAACGCACAAAGCUGAUGCAGUGUUAUGUACACUUCCACUUGGUGUACUUAAGCAGUCAAUGUGUUCCAAUCAGAGUUCCCCUCAUACUGUCACAUUCAACCCACUUCUUCCCCAGUGGAAAGUUGAUGCAAUUAACAGACUUGGGUUUGGGAAUCUUAACAAGGUUGUUUUAUGCUUUGACCGAGUGUUUUGGGAUCCUAAUGCUAACCUAUUUGGUCAUGUUGGAUCCACAACAGCAAGUAGAGGUGAACUUUUCCUCUUCUGGAAUCUGUAUAGAGCUCCAGUUUUGCUUGCCUUAGUUGCUGGAGAAGCUGCUGCCAUUAUGGAAAAUGUCAGUGAUGAUGUCAUUGUUGGCCGAUGCAUUGCUGUUUUGAAGGGUAUAUUUGGAAAUUCAGCUGUACCUCAGCCAAAGGAAACUGUAGUGACAAGAUGGAGGGCUGAUCCUUGGUCCAGAGGUUCAUAUUCCUUUGUAUCAACCGGGGCAUCAGGUAAUGACUAUGACAUUCUUGCUGCUCCUAUUUCACCACCUCAACCAUCCCAGAAUGCUUCACAAGGUCAGCCCCAGAAUGUAAACGAUACACCCCCGCUGCCUCCAAGAUUAUUCUUUGGUGGAGAACAUACAAUAAGAAAUUAUCCAGCUACAGUUCAUGGUGCAUUCUUAAGUGGAUUGAGGGAAGCUGGGCGAAUUGCUGAUCAGUUUUUGGGCUGUCCAUAUGCAGCACCACCACCCCCACCAACAAAUGGUACAGCAAAGAUAGAACCAUGAGAAAAAAAGGGUGCCAACGUUGGUUCCUAAUUAAGUUGCCAUUUUCUGUUUGUUCUCUUAUCUGACAAUGUCUUUGUAUUCUUAGUACAUCAUUUUCGAAUGCAACACAGUUCUAGGUUUAGGGAGAUGAAAGUUAAUUUUUAAGUUCUCAUAAAUUAUGAAAAGUGAAAAAAGUUUCAUAAGUAGAGCCAAUUUUCUGUGCUCCCUCAAAUGACAGAAUCAGUGUUCCAAAUAAUAUGAUAUACAUAUAGCUUACAGGAAAGCAUUUUGGCAAAAUUUUAUAAUUUCUCAUCUUAAAACUUAAUGUGUUACCUUGCCUAUGAAGGAGAAAAACCAUUACAGUUGAAAAUAUUCUCUCAAAUGUAAAGGCUGAUUUGAUUAGCCAUUUAAGUCAGGUCUUCAUUAAUGUUAAAUUCAUUGGUUUACAUAAAUGAUUGUAUUUAUAAUUUUCCAAGGCAUUGUUUGGGAUUGAAAAUUACUACAGGCACAAUACUUGUACUUUGGUCACGUUGUAUUAAAUAAAUUUUAUUUAAGAUUAUUUAAAGUACUGUAUGUUAAUUUUUUGGCCAAAAACAUUGCAUUUUUUCUGAAAAGAUUGCAGUUUUGCAGGUGAUUAGGUAAAGUUUAUCCAAGCUCUUAAGUAAUCCCACAGUUGCCAAAUAAGUGCAAUGUCAAAUACCCAAAAAUAUAUACGUAUAGGUUAUGAAAUAGACCAGUAUGCUUGAUAGCUGCUGAUUCAUCAAUCAUUGCAAGAACUUUUCAGUGACAACCUGGUUUCUUAACUUCCCUUUGUGCUCUCUUAUAGUUUUAUAACAUUGUAAUUUUCUUGCUCAACUCACUUUGUCACUUUUUCUGUGCAUCCUCUUUCUCACUGUCUGAAUCAUCUUUUCUGGUACACUUUUCUUCCCAAUCAUUAUCAAAACUGUUUGUGUUCAGAUCUUUAUUGUAAAUUAACAACUUAUGUCGCUUGGAUUUCAGGAGUCAUUUGGUAAGGUUAGAUGUUUUCCCUAACCUGUUCAGAAUUUUACAUUAGCUGAGUGAUUGUCAUUUUUCUGAUGCCAGGUUUGUCUGAGUAUUUACUGCUCCUUGACAAAGGGUCAUUAGCUGCAUUGCAACAAAAUCUCAUUUUUGGCUGUAAGGAUUUGAUAUUUGAAGGCUAUGGCAUCUUUUUCAGGGAAUUACAGCAAGAACGGGCAGUUUGUACUGUCAUGUCAAAUGUGUUAAUUCUGUUGUAGAUUAAGGACAGACUGAGUAAAUGAUAUAAUGUGGAAA